AUGGGGUCUGCUUGUAGAAAGUCGCAGGACACUGAAAACAAUCUCAAAUAUAGCGUUGAGAAGGAAAUGGAUGACUCUUUAGGUAAGCCCACUCAACCUCUUUUUCUCAUUUUACAAACUGGUUGGGUUGAGCGAGCAGGCGCCUCGCUCAGACCAGUUUGUUUAUAAAAUUCAUGAAAAAUGUAUUGUGUUGAAAACCCAUUCAUACACCUUUUCUCAGAAUUUUUAAUGCUGUUUUAAAACGUCUGGUAGUUUUCCUUUAAAAAGAAGAGCGAUAGAUUGAACUUUUCAACUGAAAUAGGCUUUCCCGGUGCGAGAUUAGUCGUAAACUAAUGAGUACCCCAAAAAGUCGACCUCGAUGAAAAUACUUAAUAUUCGUAUUCAUAAAAAUAUUUUAUUCAGCAAACGUUUCUCUUAUCCAUUAAUUUUGAAGUUUGGUGGUAUUGUUUUAUGAAUACUAGUAUUCUUUGUUAUCGCUGAGACGGAAGCCCGGCAGUUUAAACGCUAUUAAAUGACAUUUCACGCACAUUUCACGCACAAGCAAGUGUAGCUGCCAAGAAGACUAUAACACUUUGCAAUUCUUAUCCUACCAUCUGAGUGAGCCCCACACCUGUUUGGUGGCGUGUGACAGCCGGCACAAGGAUUCUGUAUUAUGUGCAGACAAAAAAGCAAUACAAAAAGGCGACGAGAAAAGAUCCGAAAAGCCAGCUUAAUGCGGCACGCGUCGCUUCAGAUAGAACGGGGCGGGCGUUUUUAUUAGCGCGAACACCGUGAUUUCACAGCGCACGCUCUCGCUCUUUCACGCUUUCGGCGCACGAAAAGCACGUUUCCCAGAAUAAAAACUGACUCGGAGCUGACGCAUAGAAAUAGAUGCUAAUUAGAUCUGCACCGAGCAAAUACCCUGCUAAUUAAAAGAAGCUAGUCAUCAAAGAUUCGCCGGUUGUAAGCUGCUAUAUGAUCGCUAGAAUGACUUUUUCGAUAUAUCUUGAUCAGGCGAGCACCUUCCAGUUCAUAGCCCAUGGGAUUGAGUGUUAAAGGAACUAUAAUUUUAACUUCCUGUCGCCAAAGACGCCGAGUGCAUGUUCAUUAAUUAGUUGACUGUGCGUUCGUUUUAACGCAGAAUUUUUGCCACCAAAAAAAGGAAAUGUUCAUCCAAGGGCGGAAAGAAAUGCGAACUUCGCUUUCUGCAAGAUACCGCGGCUAUAUUUUUGUGCGACCAGCUGCCGCUUGUAAAAUCACUGGGAAAGGUAAGAUGUUUUACGAUAACGAAGCCGCCAGGCGAUCAAACCUGGCUUUAGAAAAUUAAAUUGCAAACGAGUAAAAAUGUCGGUUAACCACGAAUGUAGGUCAUUGCUGAAAUGGGAUUUUCUCCUUAUCUGAUCAUAAAACUGAAAGUCCGGUAAUCUCUUUAAAAAAUGAACGACUUCGCGACUGAAAAUGAUCGAAAUCUGAUGAUGUUUAAUGGUUUACAGGUGAAGAGGAAGUUUUUGGGUUAAUUGCCAGAAGUUAUGUUUUCAGAGAAAAGAAAACGCAAUGUCGCUCAGGUAUCAAAAGAUAUUGGAAAAGUUAACUGUCGCGAGCGACAUGUCUUUUAACUUCUAUCAAUUUGUGUGACUAGCCGUCCAGUUAUUUAAUGAAGUGAAAAAGAUGUUGAUGACGUAAAAGGAAAAAAAAACGGAAUAUACAAAUGCAUAAUUCAAGUUAUUUUAUACCCAAAGCAAUUAUUUUUCGUUGUUAUCUUCUUUGAAUGAUUAUAAUGUAAGCCUUAUAUUCUUGUAUCUCCCAGUUUUAUCUUUGAUGAUUUUGAAUCUUGGUUUCGAAGUAUCGGCAGUUUCAUAUUCGCAAUGGUUUUGGAAUAAUGAUUUCCUUUCAUCCUUUAAAACCUUCAAAUAUAGAAAAUUAAAAUUUCUUCCCGUUGUUCACUCAAUUUUGAUUGUUUUUUUUUUGUUUAGUUUUGGUCAGCUUAUUAAAUAGAUAAAUUUGCAUAGACUGCUUAUAAGCAGACUGACAUUUGCUGCAUUUUUUUGAGCAAUUCCCAUCUUUUUCACGUUCAACAUCAAAUAGCAUUUUCGCCGUGAAAAGUUCAUUUUAUUUUUCUUUCGGUGUGUUUCUCCUUUAACUCUCUUUUGGUAUAUCUGUUUGCACUUUAUUUCCCAAGUUAUUAUAUAAGAAGAUCGGUUAAAUAAGUGAUUACCGUCUACAAAGCAGAGACCUGUUUUGUCUUUAACUUGGUGCCAAUUACAACUUGAAGGACAGUUGAUGCUCUCAGGUCAUGUCAGGUAGCAGUUGAUGAAUUCUCAGCCUACAAUUUCUGUCCAACUUGCAAUUUUGUCUCUUUAUUAGAGCGUUUUCACUCAAGGGGCCAUCAGCUAUGUAAAUUUAUUCGAACAAAAGAAAGUUUUAACAUAACAAAACGGUUGCGGGGAAAAGUCGCCCUGAUGAGGAUUCUCUACAGUUUUGAACACUCGUUGACUCUUCACAGCACUGAACCUUGCAUGAAAAAUGUAAAGAUCCUUUGCAUAAACGGCGUCUAUAUUUGGUUAUAUAAUUCGUAUACAUCUCAAAUUCAAACACAGUCCUCUGACACGAAUUGUCUGUAGAUUUCGACGGUAAACCAAUAAAAAGUGCGGCCUAUCGCUUAAGUAUAUACCACACAAGUGAGUAGUGCUCUUUGCACGUUUUUCGCGUAUUCUCAAACAAUAGAAACCCCAGAAAACUUCGACCAUUUUACUUUUUCGCGCCAGAAAAGUUAACAAGGUUAUUUUAUUGAAGGAGUCAACAACACUUCGCAACGACAACAACUUUAUUAACAGCAAUGCCAUGCAUAAAACAUACACACUGAAUGGCCUACAUUUAACAAAAGCUAUUCGAGUUUAAGCACUCUCUCGAUCACAUAUUAAAUGAUAAAAGCUUCUAACGAUUGAUAACUUGUUUCCGUCGACACUACCACAAUAUUUUCUCUAAAACCCGCAGUGGUAUGACGACGACCCGCCAACUACAUGUGCAAACUUUGAGGAACAGACUGCCGCUCCCGCAUUGGACUGUGCACCCAGAAUACUGUAUUUCGAGGACUGGACUGAGGUGGACUGGAUUGGACCGCGAAAUACAGUAUGCCGCCUCAGAGAACGCUGUUUAGUCCACCGUGACAAGAGCGCAAAUCCAAGUUUCCCGAGACUGACGGCCUACUAUACUAUGACUACGGCUACCACGUUUUCCCGCCAAAAUGACACUGGCUUACGCAUAUUACAGAUUGUUUUCACAUGACGUCAUGGCGGCCAUAUUGGUGUUCCAAAAUAUUGAAACGGCGGCCAUGUUGGUUUCCCAAACAAAUCCUGUAGGGGUUGAACUCUUUUAUUAGAUAAACGCUUCUUUGUAUAGCUGCUGACCACGUGCGUGAAAACGCUUCAGUAUAAACACAAUCGUUGUGUGAGCCUUCUUACAGCCUCUCUUACGUAUACUUCAAUACCAAGGACUUGAUAAUCGGCUAGCAAGUGACUGAUGAUUAUUUUGUUUUGCUUUUAAAAUAGAGACAUCUAUCCAGCCGCAUAUUCACGUGACCAAAGUGCCUGGUGACUGUGCAUGCGGAGCUAACGAAAAUGACGGUGAAGCGUGCAUCUGUGAUGGCUUUCGCAAGUACGAGAGUGCGUCCUCGGAGAAAGCUUCAGUUCUCGCCGUUUCGAGGUAACAUAAUAUAUAAAAUUUAGCCAAGGCUAAAGACGAAGAUCCCGUUAAUAAAUACACGUCCACUUAAAUUUGAGACUGCGAUCAGUCAAAAACUAGAAAUUUGUCAGCAGAUAACUUCAAAAAAUUCGAUGUGUCGACCCCUGAGCCCGCGAUACGGUCAUGUGAUACUGGUCAGCGAAUACGCCGUUUUGACAUCUGUCAACUGGCCACAACAUGGAUGUGCAAUAUUAGGUUACAGCAGGCUCCCACAUUAGCUAGAAAGUGUGAGAUUUCACACUGGUUUCCCAGUGGUGCGGAAGGAAGGGAGGCAGGCGAACGGACGAACGGUCACGUGAUAGAUAGCUAGAUAACCAAUUUUUCUUAGCUAUGGGGCUCCGCUAUAAUCAUGAAAUAGAAUGAAAUGAAAAUUAAUGAUGAGUGAGAGAAUUAACACAUCCACAUUUUCCUCCUCCAGCGUUUUGGAGUCUUACUGAAAUUUGCCGGAAAAAAAGGCUUUUUAGGGGUAAUGCAAUUACUCCUGUUAAAUCUGCGUUUUUACUGUGGGCUACAAAUAAUUAAAACGACUCCUCCCUUUAUAGCAACGUUUCAUAAUCAGUUGCGAAAGCAAACGAUUUUUCUCAGUGCAUUUUCUCGCUGCCGAAACCAUCCACAAAGUGAAAAUCGAAACUGACUCUAGAUGCAAUGCAAAUGUUUAGCAAGCAACACGAUCUGAGCAAUAUCUACUUUCGUCGUAUGACACGACUUUUUUAAGAAAAUACUCACCAAAGAUAAAAACCUAGAUUUUUGAACAAAACUGAAUUCAUACAAAAUAAAAAUAUUUGGGUAAAGAGUGAAAAUGCCCGGGGGGGGGGGAUUCCGCAUAUGAAAGGGGUGGAGAUGCUCGUCGUCUCGCUUAGGGGUGUAAAUUUCGGAUUUUGGUCUCACUUGGGGUGUUUUGGUCGGUCUCCUUUAGGGUUUAAUUCAAAAUUUCCGACGAGCAUCCCCACCCCUUUCAUAUGCGGAGUCCACCCCCCGGGGGAAAAUGUGGCGAGUCCAAAAAGCUGGAUCCUUCAUGGGAGAAUUGAAAUUCAAUAAUCAGAAUAAUCCCCAAGAUCUUUCGAUUUUCAUGAGAGUUUUGAAGACUGUGUGAAUAUUGUCCAAAGGGUAAACGAUUGGUGUCUUCUAUUUUUCGCUUGUUACUUCCUCAAAUUGUACGUUUAAGAAAUGAAUGCGGGCACUCCUGGGGUUCACAUUGGCAGCGUCAGUGUAUUCUGAAACUAACGAUUACGAUAUCUUAAAAUUCACUUUGAAAAUGCUUACAUGAAUUGCCUCAAACCCCCUCCGCUGAUGCCCAAUAAAAUUUAUUGAAACCUUUGACAUACGUUUAGUAUAGAAGUACGUCAACUGGAUCGAUAUCUAAAAUACAAGUAUGUCAUCACCGAAAACCAAUCCAAGAGUAACAGAGAGGAAUUUCCAUGAGGUUACGCAAAGGUUAAUUGAUAAGACGUAUGGUCAAAUUUGAUUUCAUUCAAGCGCAACUAUUUUGGUGAAAAAGGCCCAAAGCAUGGACGCAUCGCGAAAAAGUACGGCUGUUAAAGAUGGUAACUCCUUGAAACCCUUGUAUUGCCUAGAUCAGGUAAUGUGAUUAUUCCACGCGAAACACUAUCGAGGAAACAACUUACAGUUAGGGGAUGCGCGAGCUUUAAAUGAUUGAACAUUCAAAUAUCUUAUUUGUUCUUCUUCUCAAUUACUGCGGUUGUCUUGAAACAUAGGUCGCAGAGUAGCGGUAUGAAUCGGGUGAUCCAAACCUCUCUAGAACUAAACGUGAAGACGAAAUAGGCGUUGGGCACCCAGGCAUCUGGUUUAACCAUUUUUAGUUUAAUUGUAUGGGCAUCGACCCAUUGACAUGAAUAAAAUGUAGUCCCGUCAAUCUUUCCCGUGAGGAGAGAAUCAUUCGCACCAGGUAUAUAUAAGGGGAAUAUGUUUUGAUAAAAACUAACCAAGUUGAUGUGAAACACAUUUGAUUAGUUUUACAAGUCAGUUCUCUAAUCGGCUACUGAACUCAGCUAUAGAACUAGAAGGCCGGGGUUUGCACUAACCUAGUGUUUAAAUUUAAACUCACGUUUUGUAGUCUUGGAAGGUGAAUCUUUUUAUCAUGGACGCCGGGAAUAAAAUGUAAAAGAAACCAUUCCUCACGCCCUCCUCUAUUUUCACCAUUUUUUCAUCCUUGAUUUAAAGAGAAGGGGUAGUCCAAAUUUUCCAUUUAUUCAUUUCAAGUUUGUUAUUCUCAGGUAAAAGCCCCGCAAUUGCUAGUUUAUACAUUUCAAUUAUAUGCAUAUUUAUUGAUGAACAAAAUUAAUUUAUAUUUGUUUUUAACCCUUGAUUUGGUGGGGGUCGACCAUCUUUGGGGCAUUUCUGAACCUGCGCUAUUUCUUUCGGCAAGAAAAAAAUAAACUUAACCAGUUAUAAAAUAAAAAUAAGAAAAAUAGACUCGUCAAUCCUCGAGUGGUGAGCACGUCAUUGUAGAAACGGCUGAGUGAAAUGUCCAUUGAACAAUACAUAUUAACCACUUGUUCACCCCAAAACUUUUACUUUAAAGAGUGUUUUCUGAAGUGUAGGAGUGGAUAAUGACGUAUCGUAUCAUGUCUUUUGCACCUGCCUCGUGGUGAUGCUUUACACCAGUUUCGCUACUUGUCAAAUUCGCUACGUUCGAGUUCGCUAUCUACAUACUCGGCUAGCUGCCUAUUGACAAAGUUCAAAACUUGCACCUUCGGAAGCAGGGCUAAAAAGAACGAGAUAUUUAUUAGAUAUUCUAGAUUUCUAGUGGGAUUAAGGGGUUAUUUUCGAUGGUUUACAGAAAGCCUAAUGUGUAUCAAACGUGUUCCGAACUAGUAUGUAGCGAAUUCGACAAGUAGCGACGAAAACCCAUCGUUACGUCGCAAUAAUAAGCUUGCUUACAUUCUCCUUGUUCUUUUUCUUCAUCUACUUUUCAGCAUUAUCUCGUAUGCUUCAUUUGGUGAGCAAGUUUUUUUCCGCUUAAAUUUCGAGUCAUUUUUCUAUUUAUAGUUGUUGUUUUUGUUUUCAUCCGCAAAUAGCCAGUUCAUUCUGACAGCUUUAAUUGUCUGUUUCUUUGUGAUUUGGUGUUUACUUUUUUCGAAAAUAAUGGCGUCAUUAUACUCAAGGUCCCGUUGAGUCCAAAAUUAGCAAACUUUUCAAAGAACUUCAACUCAUCAUCAGUACCUUUCGAUAAAUUCCUCUUUUUGUGUUUUCGUUUUCAAAUCUCUCAUGGACAAAGAUUACCCUGCAGAAGUUUCUUGAAGCUCCUAAACGCAUACAGAUGUAAGAAGGAGCAUUUUUUAUCUGUUCAGCGUCUUGGCCCGGUUCUUUUUUCACUCUACAUGAAUCUAAAAACAAUUUGCGAGAUACUAACAUCGUCACGGCAUAUGCAGACGGAAGUCGUUAACGCAAAGAUUUGUACAAGUUUACAAACUUACGGACUCGCGUGUACGUAGCAUCGAUAUUCGAUCUUAAGUGAGAGAUUAACAAACAUGAAUAUAUUGCUUAACACUAUUGGCAACGUGCUAAUCCGUAGGCCUUAAAUGACGUGCUGAAUUUGCGUCAUUUAAUUUCCCAAAAGUAAACGUCAUUUGAACAUAAACUCUUGUAAAAAGGUAGACAAGUACAGUUUUUAGUGUUUUUAGUGUACAUUUUUUCUGAAAAAAUCCGAUUAUAUCCUAGAAAGAGUUCUUUUUCUGUUGAAAAGAGCUUCAAUAAGAGUAUAAAUGUUCCGGAGUUAUAGCCUAAUAUUGCUUUCAUGUGCGUGCAAACAUAAGAAAAGUACACUUUGAGAACAAAAGAAGAAAAAGAAUUCAAUUCCCUAAAGAGCAAACUUUCAAACAUAGUUCUAAUUGACUGUUUACUCCUACGAUAAUUUGCAUUCCAGAACUUGUUCCUUUACGUAGGGUGUGAAAUACAUCUCUUUUAUGGCAGUCAUGGAAGGAUUGCAAAGAAUAUUUGGCUUUUGUUAGUCACGGUGCGAUCGAGAGUAAACCAAACGUGCUAGGCUCCAAGUAGUCACAAUAUGUUUGCCUUUAGAACUAAUGAAGGCGUGUAAAGUGAUUUAUAACUUGGAUUCGAGCCAUUAGUCUGUACGAGUUGUCGUGCGUGGAUUUCUCGUGUCAUAGAAAAUAGAGCAAACAUUGAGGCUCUUUGCAAUCUGUCACUCCGCAAGAAACAACCAUUAUUUUAAGCAUGGGAGCUGUAAUGUCUGGAAUUAUGGACGUGCUGACAGUGCGGUUCAAUUAUGUGGAGACAACUUCAAGAAGAAGGUCAAAUUCAUGAAAUCAGUUGCUAAACUUAAGUCAUAUUAACAGUAUAACUAAGGUUCGAGAAAAGUAGUCGAUUUGUAGACUGGUUUAUACCCAGUCACUCAAAGAAAUGCUAUUUUGACUUUUCAGAUUGCGUGAAAUUAUGGAUCAACUGGAUUCAGGCAGAUCUUUGUCAAUGAACGAUAUGAAACACGAACUAGGGAUUGCAGUCGCCAUGUUGGACAAAGCAAAUACGGCAGCCCCGGGAAGGGACUUCAGGUAUGUAAGCUGAUGUAGACUUUGCUCUGUUUACAGUUAGCUCACGUGUGAUAUAAUUAGUAUACACAUACAGCUAACGUUAUGUUCACACGUCACUGGACGAAGUUUCGACCGGCUAAAAAAUUUGACCGGACAAUUUCUUGUUCACACGAAACCGUUUAGUAUUCUCGCUCUGUUCACACCGAGCUGACAAACCAGUUAGUUUUACUAUCUAUGGUUUUUUUUAUCUGCCCAUGCGCAGAGUGCUACUUUCAAAAUGGCGUCUCCAAGCUGAGUUACCACGCAUAGACUUUUAUGGUGUUCACACCUUGCCGGUCAAAUUUUCGACCCAUUUCGGAAAAAAUAUUUGACCUCCAUGGUGUUCCGGCAUAAACAUUUCUCUCCUUUUUUCUCCUACUGCAUUUUAGGAAUUCCACAAGCGCCUUAAGUGAAAUAGACGAGGAGCUUGAAAGUAGCUUUUACUCUGAUGACGUCAAUGAGGAGGUGCGGGAGUGGAUUGCGACCACGUUUGCAAGGACAACUCCAGGCAUGCGCAGAAAGAGUUUGGCCCGACGGCAUACAUUUCGAAGUGUAGUCCAGGCGGUAAAAGCUAGUUUGUACGUCAAAAGGUUAGUAGAGAGAAUAAAAUAAACGAUAAUAAUAGGUGAAAACGCCAGCAUUAGUUAAAACAAAAACCACAAAAGCAUGUUGUUUGACCCUUCCUCUGCCAUCUUGGAUUCAUAUUAGGCGCCAAAGAGAGCAGCACCAAAAUUUUUGCCAGAAAUGCUUUGUCCAUUCUCGUCCCCAGCGCCACUCGACUUAAUUUUCAAGAACACAUGACCAAAAGUGAUGUGGGGCUCUGACGACGAGAAUUCGUUUUGUCAAUCAGCCAAGAUCACCGGCCCAGUUCACUUAAACUUCAAUUCUACCGCCCCUUGACCUUUUACAACAAGAAGCGAUAUGGGAAUAAAAAAUCGUUUUUACAUCAAUAGAUUUGCACUUAGCCUCGCUUUGAAACAGAGGCUUGGAGCAACUCGGAAAUGGCCUUUUAUAUUAACUGAUUUAUACCCAUCUUCUUUCUUCAAGGAUUUAUCAAAAUAUGGCUGAAAAAUCUAAAUUUCAAGUUCCAGAGGAAGUACAAGUUUACUACAAGGUAAUAACGGAGAUAGGUGUUUUUCCAAAAGGCAAUCUGAUAUUUUCUACAGUAGCAAUUUUACUGAUCUUAUAUCAUUUUUAUUUUACAAUUAUUGCGUGGAUGAGGCUGAGUCGCGUGUGAUGUGAAGAUAGUUAUUCAGAUUGAGCAGGGUGUUAUCGUUAUGCUGGAUAACACUUAUAUUUUCACCAUUCGUUACACUUUUGAACAACACCACACUUCUGUAUAUUUAUUUUAUCACUUGCAUUUCUAAUGGACUGAUGAGAUGUAUUUUUUUCAUGUUCAAGACUUUAGACAACUGGACGUUCGAUCCUUUCAAGUUUAAUGAACUAACAGGAGGGCAUACGCUUCGUUAUCUUGGUCACGAACUUUUCAUCCGCUAUGAUCUAAUGGCAAAAUUUAAGGUGAGCAACGAAAUUUAUAAUUAGAAGCAAAGCUCGUUGUACAAACUCUUGUUCUCAAACGUUUCGUGAUCAUUCCAGUGAGAAAUUUCGAGCGCAAACCGCCUAAAACAUUAACAAGGCAAGAAACACGAUUGCUCUCGAACCUCUUUCCAAGAUCCUACUCCCGUCAACUAGAUCUAGGCUGCUUCGUCUACGGGCUUCCCCUUCUUACUUUCAUACCGGGCGCUUGGGUUGUUGGGAAAGAUCCACUGCACACGCUUUAUGAUCCUUCCCAUAAUGCUUUAUGCUUUCUGUUUUCCGCGCGCCAGUGGCACUUGAGGACGAGGCAGUAGAAGACAUUAGGACCCUGGAAAUAAUGGCGGGGGGUUUCAUCACGAGUAGUUCACACUUUGUUGACAGUACGUUUACGUGGCCAGUGUCGAAUCAAGCGGAGGGGCACGGGGGACUCGCUCCCCCUUUAUUUUUAGACAAAACUGACGCCCGAAGACCGCUCCCCCCUUAUCUAAGGGUCUGAAUGACCGCCCCCCCCCGACCCGCUUAUCUCAAAGUCUGGAUCCGGCACUGAUGGCACUACUUGUUUUUAAGCAGUUUGCAAGAAGAAAUUAAGAAUAUUUGUUGUUUUUUUCCUUCUUUUUUGUACUUUCGAGCACUCUUGGGAAUGAAAGGCUAUUGUUACUUUGACAGAUUACCACGGCAACACUGGACAGAUUCUUACUAGCAAUCGAGGACGGAUAUAAAAGACCCCAGAAUCCGUACCACAACGAACUUCACGCGACUGAUGUCACGCACUCGGUGCACUAUUUUCUAUCUCGUGUAGGUCUCAAGGUGAGUAAUUCCGCCAUGAAAGAAGCUGGGUCGAGUUAGCUUUUGCAAAGGCUUUUGGGAUCGUUACUGGGAACGCGCCGGUCAUCAGCUAUUGGCCAAUUUUUUUCAGUCCCCAGUAAUAAUCCCAGGGGUCUUUGCGACCCUGGUCCAGUUUCUUUCUCGUUUUUAAAGUGGCGAAUUCAGCUGCAGUACAUUUUCGUAAGCUGCGAGCAAGCUCUCCGGGUCGCUCUGGCGGCGGGGCGGAAAAUGAAAGAGAGCUUGCAACUACGUCUCUGGAUUCUGAAUAUCUGCAUCGAAAAAGUCGCUGCGAAAUGCUGCUUGGCGGAGAUGACAAAAGUAAUGACGUCAUUUCCCUUGGCACGUGUUUUUCAAUGCUUGUUUACAUUCGCUCUCGUUUCCGCUUCGCGCUGAUUGGCGGAAAUUUAACAGCUCGGUCUACGGGGAACCACAGGGGAAUUGAAGGUGGGAUUCAGAUUCCAGAGACGUAGUUGCAAGCUCUCGGCUUCCUUUUCUCGCCCCGCCGUCAGAGCGCCCCGGAGAACUCGCUCGCAGGCUAACGUUAUUAUUGAGAUCGGGAGGAUCCGGGAACGUAUCUCAUCAUCCUGGUGCCCUCGUCGCUAGAGUCGAUCUUCUCCGCAUUCAAAUUCAAUUUGAAAAUUCAAAGUUAACAUUUUUGUGAAAAUGUAUAGGCCUGGGUCCGAUUCCUGAAGUACUGCUCACCUUUAGUCCGUGAUUAAACUUUUGAUUCAUAAAUGUACUUAUAGCUUACCUUAGAUUAUUUUAGAGUAUCAUUUUGUGUUAUAACUGGGUCUCCCCAGCUCGAUCAACAAUAUCGUAAAUAUAUAAAAACUUAAAAAGUUUUAAUAUGUUUUACCUUCUGUGCAUAACAGGGUUCAUGUAGAUUCGAAUCUUACGCAGGAUAUUUUUGUUACAGCAUUGCAUGAGUGACCUGGAGAUUUUUGCGCUUCUUCUUUCCGCUAUUAUACAUGACGUCAACCACACUGGAACUACAAAUCUCUUUCAUGUCAAUUCAAGGUAUUGUGUGGAAUUAAUAUUGUGUCUAGGUGCUCCUUGGACUUCAAGCUUAGUUACUGACGCUCUCUCUAGAAAAUCAUGUUUCAUGUUGAGGUAGUCUGGAUAGCUGGGAUUUUCACGUUAACUAGGACAAAAAUCCGCAGAUAGAUGCGAGCGGUUUGUUUUCAGUUCCCAGCGAUAUUUCAUUUUGUGUUUACCUUUAACGCAGAAGCGGUUUUGAUUUGAAACGAGUAUAGCAAAGGCAAUAUAUGAUCUGAAACGAGGUUUAAAUAUUAGUCUAAAAAUCUACAUUUCUACAGACAACAGAUCAAGCAAUCUCGUACCCAGAUCUCUUGUUGACGAAGCCUAAGGCGAGAUCUCCGCCUUUGGCUUCGUCAAUACAAGAUCUGGGUACGAGAUUACGAAUCAACAGAAAUUUUUCCGACAUGGGUUGAAACAUAACCAGCGUGACCACGCUAUAUCAUUAAUUGAAGCCUCACCAUGCCCUCUAUAACGAAAAAUUAAUUCGGCAGGAGGACUGGUGAGUAUGGGCUUCUGGUAAAAAUGAAAGCCGAAAGUAAAAUGCCCAAGUGGUGAAACUUCCGGCACGCCCUCCUCCAAGAGUUGCCGUGAAAUGAGUGCCCAACAAUAAGCCAAAAUUCUACCAGGAGAGAAUGCCUCCAAUAGAGGGGAGAAGUCGUGACGUCUCGUUGCCACGGUAGCAGAAAACCGUGGUCCUGCAAAUAUGGCAGAAAAAACGAAAAAAUUGACAUUCAUGACUUUCCUUUGCGUGAUUGAACUCGGUAGCCCAUUCUUUUCUUCCAUCGUUCGACAAUGUAAAGGACCGUUUCUGUCAAGAAAUAUUGUUGCGAUCCAGAAAUAUUGCUACAAUUGUGACGUGACGACACCCUCUUUCUACCCAAUCAAACGAACUAGUGGCGUUGUGAUCAAAUAAAACUAGGUAUCGCUGAAUGGUGAGUGAAACUGAUCAAUUUCUUGUUUCUCUUUCCACUUUACUAAGAAAACUUGCAAAGCCCCAGGUGUUGUUUUAUCGUAGUUUCUAAAAUACUUUUAUUGCCAGGUCUGAACUCGCUCUUUUGUAUAAUGAUCGCUGUGUGCUGGAAAAUCAUCACUUGUGCUCUGCCUUCAAGCUAUUAAAAUCAGUAAGUAUGCAUUCGAAUUGACUCUGCCUUUUCAAACGUAAAGCUAAUUUUUUUUUCUCCGUUUCAUCUUAUCUCUUUUAUAGAGGGAACUAGACAUUCUUGCAGGUUUAACACCCGAGCAGUACAGGUUAGUAAUUAGACUUUUUGGCUAUCAAACCUAACCUGUGAGCAGGCUCUCCCUUUCGAGUAGUGUGCAAAGCGAGCCGCGAGACAACACGCGAGAGCGAGGGCCUUUCUUUUCCCCUUUCCUCGCUCUCGUGUGUCUUUUCGCGUGCCGCCCACGCUUGAUUUCUCGCGCCUCUCUCAGAUAGAGAGCUUGCUCCCAGGCUACUUACUUUCAAACCAGAUAAAGCUAUUUAGCUGACUUAUCCUUCUAAAUUGCCUAACCAAACUAAUACUAUUCACUUCACUUGAUUUCCUUACAAAUUUCCCCAACAGUUUUCCGCGCGAGUUAUAUCUAUAAUUUAUCAUUAUUUCUAUCCGACAGCGGUAUAAGAACACUUGUGGUCGACAUGGUCCUAGCAACAGACAUGUCUUCACAUUUUGAACAGCUUCGAGCCAUGAAAGCUGCGCUGACGGUGCUUGGAUGGUAAGAUUGCAUUGCGAUAUUCAUUCGCCACUUUAAAAACGAGAGGGAACCUGGGCCGAGUUAGCUUUCGCAAAAAAAAACUUGGCCAAUAGCUGACCGGCGCGUCCCAAAUAGCGAUCCCACAAACAAUUGCGGGAAGCAUUUCGGCUCCAGUCUCAUCUCGUUUCUAAAGUCGCGAAAAGCUGUCUGAAAAUAUUUCACCACUUUCUCAGCGUUUUUUCUUUCUUCUGGUUUGUCGCUAGCCUUCCGUUAGUUUGUCCUUAAUUAUUGGCUCUUUGAAUUCAAAUUUAGACAGUAUACCAUACCUUCUACUGUUCUUAAAAUUUUGGCAGCGUUGAGAGAAAAUUUAGUUUGAUUGACACAUUUUUUUCUUUGAAAGUCAAGUAGAAAAGAGCCAGGCACUGGAAUUCAUUUUGCAUGUGGCUGAUAUCAGUAAUCCGGCGAAGGACUGGGAUUUACAUCGUCAAUGGACGACACGUAUUAUGGAAGAAUUCUUCUGCCAGGUCAGUGAGCAGUCUAUGCUAGAAGUAACCAAAGUUUUGGGAGUGCGGGGAGAUCGAUCAAAGCUGUACUUUUUCUUAGUUUCACGUGAUAGAACGUCCAAGCGCGCGUGAUCAGAUUGCAUUCUCCUCACUCUAUUCAAUCUUAGUUUUUCUUUUUUUUUUUACCGUGUUAAAAUAAAGAUUUGAGAUUUGAGAUUUGGAAGUCAAAACGAAUGCUAGCUACAUAUAAUUUCGUACCCAGAUCUCACUCUGUCUUAUGCCGUGAGAGAUCUGGAUACGAGAUUAGGCUACGUACCUGCUGCGCAUGCUUAAUAGCAACCUGGAGAUUAGGAUUGCAGCGCUCUUGAUAAUCAGUCAUGAGAAAGCGUAAAAAACAUUUUAUUUUACGUCAUCGUGAAAGUCUUCUAAAUGUUUUGCAUUGACCCAAUGGCACUUCCCGAUACAACCCUCGCUCUCACUCCACUGGACGUAAGGAGGUUUUCCUUUUUUGUUAGUUCAAUAACCACACAACAGUUCAAUAACCACUCAACGGUUCAAUAACUACAACAGUAGUUCAACUACCACACAUUAGUUCAUUGACCGUGAACUACAUGUAGCUGCGGGAAAAUUAGCCACAAAUGCGUUAGAUAUUUUUAAAUAUGAAUGUGUAGCAUUAAGUAAGUGGUAAAUACUCAUUUAGCAACAAUACAAGAACUAAAUUGAGAAAUAGCUAUGGUACACUGUUAUUAUGUUCUAGUGAGCUCACUAAUGUAGACAGGAAAAUAGACUGAUGUUAAUGUAAAUUAAAAGUUAUAGUCUGCUCAGAAGGUCUGUCGUUCACAUCAGGGGAACACUGAACAGACCUGGAUUGAGAGUCAGCGCUGAAAAUGGAAAGCUAACUCGGUCCGGAGAAAACUAACACUAAAUAACCCAACAAAGCGUGCGUUGAUAAAGCAGAAAACAUAAACGGGUUGAACAUGACAGUACCAUACGAUACGCACAAGCGAAAUCUUCAGUGAUCAGCGGCUUACAUCUGUCGAUUGAUGCAAUUGCAUAAUUAAUGCUCAUGUAUUUUUUCAGGGAGACCGCGAGAUGGAGCUGGGUUUACCCAUUUCACCGCUUUGUGAUCGUUCUGUUACCUUCAUACCGGAGAGUCAGUUAGGUACGCAAUGCAUGCAAAAUCAUUUUCAAUGCGAUAGUUUAAAUUGUGGAUAGGCUUUUCAUUAUGUCGCCAUUUUACUAUAAAACCACUGAAGCUUGUUUGCAUCAAGCUACAAUCUUGGACAAAACUCUUGAUAAAAUUGCAAACUUAGAGAGCAUUUUUCUAAACAUCCUAACCAUUGCGAUUCUUUCCUCCCCCCUACCACUGGAAGCAACGUUGUUGUGUCUUCUAAAGAAAGCCUGAUCCUUGGGCGUUUGUAGGAAGCAACAUUGAACUGGAGGAAGAAGAUUUGUUUCCGCAGAGCAGUUGUUUUUGGAAAUUGUUUUGUUGCGUAGCAGUGGCUGAUCCAGACCUUCAGAUAAGGGGGGAGGGGGUGCGGUCAUCCAGACUAGGCCUUUCCCGAUUGCGCUCGUAAAAUCGUAAAAAAGUGCUGGCAAAAAUGGCUAAAAAGUGCUCAAAAAGUGCUCAAAAUUUCAAAAUAGUGCUCAAAAAGUGCUAAAAGUUCUGAACAGUUACCUCUAAGCUUUUCGUAAAUAUGUCAAUUUUUACUGAAGUAAUUAACAAUCUAUUUUGCGUAGUGUUAUUCGACAGGUUGUUACGAAAGGUUGAUAGAAUAUAGAACAAUAAUAUUUUUAUUGACAACAUCAUUAGUUAUUCAAAUUUACGACCUGGAACACGAUUCUCGUUGCAAGCGACACACAGUUUUUGCUUUAAAAUGUUUUAGAAGACAUAUGUUGCUCGAAAUUUGCUCGAAAUGUGAAAUAUUGCUCAAAUGUUACCCAAAGUGCGAAAAAGUGCUUAAGGGUGCUCAAAAUGCAAAAUAGUGCUCCAAACUCAAAAAAGUGCUCAAAAGGUGCUUAGCGCAAUCGGGAAAGGCCUAAUCCAGACGCUGAGAUAAGGGGGGGGCCGGUCUCCAAAAAAAUUUUUUUGGCCCUUCGGGCCUCAUUUUGGUCAAAAAAUAAGGGGGAGGGGGGGCGGGCCCCCCGGCCCCCUCCCCUGGAUCCGCCACUGCGUAGGAUAAUGCACAUUAAGGAAAAAAAAAACGUUCUCAACCCGCCGCCGCCGCCGCCUCCUUUCCCACAUAGGGUGUGUUCUAUUUUCCCUUAACCUUGUUUUCGUAACGUUCCUGCUCUCUGAGAGUCUGGCACAUCUUACUUUCUUAGUCUUCUUACUUCAAACAUUCCAGUACAGAAAUGUUUCAUCAACUCGAUCUUAUUUUCUACUUUCUGCCAGGAUUUAUCGAAUUUAUCGUGCUACCAGCGUUCGAAUUGUGCGGCGAAAUGAUGGACAUUUUACUGGAAACGAGGAUUUCACAAGCCGCGGUUGAACUUGGCUUAGAGGGAUCUGGGGGUAAGGAGAGGGCCUGGGUAGCGGCACUGGCGGAAAAUCGACGGAAGUGGAAGGAGCAAUGUCAACCUCUUCAAAAGGGUAAGGGUUAUUUCCGGUUGCGUUCAUUUUCUAAUCAGUAGCUACACAUUUAAGAGUCGAUUGCUUCCUCUGGUCAUUUCCCACACCUUACCCCUAAAGUGGUCAAACCGUCAAGGGGGGUUGUUCAUUCAUAAUGAGCUCGGGGAUCUGCGAAUUAUUCCUAAAACCCGCUCCCCCCCCCCCUUUCCUCCCCUUGUAUUGAACAACUGAAGAUUCCCAACCCACCGCUUUACGGCACUCAUACUUUAUUCAACCCUACCAAGCCUCCCAAAAUGACCCAACCACCACCCACCCUCGCGAUUUUGCCGACUCUUAUAAUACAUUAAAGCCCCCUUAACUAAUUUUCUAUCCGUCUGCUCCGUUGUUUUUAGAAGGAAUGGGUGAUGCAAGGUCAUCAUCUAACCUCAGUUUGGCGAGUCGCCGCUCAUCAACAGGUAUAACUGAGGGAAGAACAGACGAGAACAGGAAUAAAAGUCCAAGAAACAGUAAAGCUUUCUUGACGCCAAUCAUCUCCUAACAUCACUACCCCAAGGGAAAGAUGUGUUCAUGGCAGUCAGUGCAAGGCCCGCGUCGCCUGUGUUGCUACACAACGAGUUGCCCAUGGGUGACGAUUUCCCAUGGGUAAUGCAAGAAGUUGCCCAUGGGUGAAGGAUAAUAGUGAUACGAUGCAGCACGUUUGCUCGUCGCUAUUACUUUCCACUCUCUAACUUUCUGCAAAUUCGCAUUCACAACAUUUUCGGUCACGGUUGACAUGGAGUGAGGUGGAGACAGUGUGGCUAGAAAAAUUUGCCAGAAUACCCGCACGAGCCGGUUUACCAUGACUACAAUUGGCUACCCGAUUCGUGGAGUAUAUUGGCGACAGAGCGACUUUGACUUUGUCACGAACGUUUUACAAGCAAAUUCGUAUAAUAUGCUGACCAGUGGCAUCAUAUCUUUAUAACUAUUUUCGCUAAUUUUCCACUUUCCUUUCCGUAAGAGUGCUGUUUCGGUGUUAGACUAUAAAACAGUCCGUAUUUUUGCGUAUUCAAAUACGUGCGAACAGUCAGAAACUAAAGGUCUGAAGCGAGGCUGAAAACGGAGAGCGAGAGUGGGAAGAGUCACACGCGCUAC